AGUAGCUUCUAGCAGCUGGGUGUUUCAGUACGUAGGCAUCAGAACAGUGAUCGCUUCCACAUCGACUCUAACGAAAAAAAGUAUGGAUCUGGAUUAUAAAGAAUAUCAGGAUUAUACGGCAGACAAUGAAACUGAGAAAGUCAAUACCACCCCUGCUGUACUCAUGAAAAUCAGCAGCUCUCAUUCUUCGGUGGCACAUGCUCUAGUGGUAAUCAAUAUCCUCAUAACUGUUAUUGGCCUCAUAGGAAAUUCAGUGGUUAUCUGGAUCUGUGGAUGGAAAAUGAAAAGAACGGUGAUCACUAUUUGGUACAUCAGUCUGGCCAUUUCAAACUUUUUGUUCUGUGUAUUUCUGCCCCUGGAGGUUUUCUACAGAAUAACCUUGCACUGGCCUUUCGGACUGCUCUUGUGCAAGUUCACCUCCUCCGCCUUGUUUCUCAACAUGUACAGCAGUGUCUUCCUGCUGGUUCUCAUCAGCACUGAUCGCUGCGUGAUGAUUCUAUUCCCCAUUUGGUCACAUAACCACCGGUCAGUAAAGAAAGCAUUUGGAGUUGUUGUGCUCAUGUGGCUCCUCUCUGCGCUCCUAACGUGGCCCUCACUCGUCUACAGGCAAACUGUAGUCCACGGCUCAGUCACUCAGUGCUACACAGGCUAUAUGGACCACUCGAGACACAAGGCAGUUGUCUUGUCUCGGUUUAUCUGCGGGUUCCUAAUUCCGUUCCUAAUAAUUGUCGUCUGCUGCUCCGUGCUCGGUGUCAAGCUCAACACUUUGACCGUCAAGUCAACAAAGCCGUACAAAAUCAUGGCGGCGCUCAUCUUGUCGUUUUUCUUCUGCUGGGUCCCCUACCACACCUUUGUUCUUCUGGAGUUGGACCUCAAGUACCACAGCCUGGAGGUUAUCAAAACUGGAUUGACCGUGGGAGCCACGCUGGCCGCAGCAAACUGCUUCAUAUCCCCAGCUCUGUACGUCUUCAUUGGUAACGACUUUAAACAAACCCUGAAGAGGUCUCUGACAUCGAGAAUGGAGGAGGCAAUGGCCGAGGAUUUCCGUACAGGAGGUCUCAAUAACUCAAGGUUUAGGUCAAUGGAAGUGAUCAAAACCUAGGAUGGCACUUUGAGAGCAUAUUCCGCCACCAAGUACCAAUAGACUUGAUCCAGAAUAUCAUUGGAUCUUCCCCUAAAUAUAAUUUUUUUUGUCAGAUGAUUGGUUAUUUGUGUGUUCAAGGCAUUCAUUUAGUGUCUUUCAUUUUUGUUAAGAAAAUCUUCAGAUUCAGAUGAUUUUUUUUCUAAGAUUUUGUUCAUGUCUACAACUGAAUUUCUUUUGUGUUAUUAUGUUUGCAAACUGAUUCAAAUUGCAACUUAAAUAAAGUGGAAGGCAGAAUAAAUGUAUAUUAUGAAUGUGUAUAAUAAAUCAAACAUUUAAACAAUUGAAUGAAAAACAAAAUGUCUUUUUUUAUCUUGUUGUUAGAAAUUGAUGCAUAU